AUGAGUCCAGCCCGUGUAUCUCCAGUUUACAAGCACUCUGAAGCACCUUCAGUCGAAAGACGCUUGGAGCACUUCAAGGCCCAGCAUGAGUUGGCCCGUAACUUUUAUGAUGACCUUGAGUUUUGCCCGGUCCAAUGUCCAGAUGAGCUUUAUGAACAUCGCGAACGUAUUCAACAACGGAUAUCUCCGCAGUCAUCUCCUCACACAUCACCACCAAUGGCUUACUUGUCUCCUCGUAAAUCAAAUCCUUCCAAACGAGCCAUUCCAAUCAUCGAUCCCGCAAACAUGGUCCAGGUCUCGGUCCCUGCCAGACAACCCUCUCCCUUGUCCAACCCUCUCCAUUGGUCAUCCCAAUCUUCCCAAUCCUCUUUAUCGUCUUCCGUUUCUUCUGUCUCGGUUUCUCUACCAACCAACUCUAGAAUUCAACAGCAACAGCAACAUAAUCAUCAUCAUCAUCAUCAUCAUCAAUCAAUGUAUACUGGUAUCUCUCAAAACGAUCAUCAUCAACAACAGCAACAACAAUAUCAACAACAGCAACAGGCUGUGCGUCAACUGCACUACAGUCAACAACAGCAUCAUCAUCAACACCACCACCAUCAGUCACAAAAUACCUUUACCCCAAACUUUUAUGAUGUCCUCGUGCAGUAA